GUUUGGACAGGAUGAAUUUGAUGGUCAGAUGUCCAAGUUACUACACCUCCGACAGACAGGUACAGUUGCAGAAUAUAGGCUGGCAUUUGAAGAGUGUAUGUAUCACUUGAUCUCAGUCGAUGACAGUCUCAGCGCUCGUUGGUUUGUGUCCCAGUUUGUUUUUGGCCUUCGUGAUGACAUUCGUUGUGCGGUUCGUUUACAAGCACCAACUAGCAUCACCCGUGCUGCAGCUCUUGCUCGCAUACAAGAAGAGGAAUCUGAACAUCAUAGACCCAAGGCACGACCGGCUGUUCCGACAAAACACCCACCAACAACAGUGAAUGACAAUACAACUCAGCGUGUGGAGUGGCCCAAGAAGCAGGGCGCUGAUGAUUUCAACAGAGAACGUCAGUUGCGCGAUUUUCGCCGCGCUAACAAUCUCUGUUUCAAAUGUGGUGACAAAUACUCUAAAGAGCAUCAGUGCAAGCGCUCCGGACAGUUACUGACCAUCGAAGUUGGUGAAUUUGGCGAGGUGUUGUCUGAUGAGGCAGUGUUAGCAUUGGAGUUAUUAACUGAAGUCACAAAUGGAAUGGAAACUGCAGCGUGUUGUCAUAUUUCUAUGGCUGCUUUGGCCGGCACAACUUCUCCAGAGACACUUCAACUCAGAGCUUUAGUGGGCAAUCAAGUGAUGAUUCUUCUUGUUGAUUCUGGCAGUACUAGCACAUUUGUCACCAAGUCUUUUGCUCUGAGAGCUGGUUGUUCCAUUUCCUCUGCGCCAGCAGUUCCGGUUAAACUUGCGAAUGGACAGAUGCUUGUUUCUGAUGAACAGGUUAAAGGAUUACAAUGGUGGACUCAAGGUCAUACCUUCAACACAGAUAUGCGCAUAUUGGAUCUGGGCGCUUAUGACGCGGUACUGGGAAUGGACUGGCUGAAAAGUUGUGGCAAAAUGACUUGUGAAUGGACAGAGAAAACUCUAGAAUUCCAACAUGGUGGCAAGCAAAUUCUAUUGCAAGGAAUACCGGAGAAAUCCCAAACUGCUGUGACGGAAUUAUCAGCGGAGCAACUUCAGAAAUGGAUGAUAGGCAACGAGGUGUGGGCUAUGGCUGUCUUGGAUCCAGUGUCAGUACUUGAUGCAGAUGCUAGAGUUACAGUGGCACCUGAUCUGCAGUCAAUACUCACAGAGUACUCUGAUAUCUUUUCUGAACCCAAUUCUCUACCACCUCAAAGAGCUUUGGAUCAUGCAAUAACUUUGGAAGCGAAUGCAAGGCCGAUCAAUAAUCGUCCUUAUCGUUACUCGCCUUUGCAAAAGGACGAGAUCGAAAGGCAAGUUCAAGAGAUGUUAGCUGCAGGUCUGAUUACACCAAAUAUGAGUCCGUUUGCUUCUCCCAUUCUCUUGGUCAAGAAAAAGGACGGAACAUGGCGUUUUUGCAUUGAUUAUCGAUGUCUUAAUGAGCUUACAAUCAAGAACAAGUUUCCUCUUCCAGUAAUAGACGAGUUACUUGAUGAACUUGCAGGCACAAAAUUUUUCUCCAAACUUGACCUGCGUGCCGGUUACCAUCAGAUCCGGAUGAGGCCAGCUGACGAAGAGAAGACGGCUUUUAAAACGCAUCAUGGUCAUUUCCAGUUUAGAGUCAUGCCGUUUGGUCUCACAAAUGCCCCCGCAACGUUCCAGUGUAUCAUGAAUGAAGUGUUUGCUCCGUUUUUGAGGAAGUUUGUCAUUGUUUUUCUUGACGACAUCCUGAUUUACAGUCCAUCAUGGCAGGAACAUUUGAAACACAUUAAGAUGGUGCUAGAAAAGCUCAGAGAGACACAAUUUUAUGCAAAGUUAUCCAAAUGCAGCUUUGGACAGACGAGUAUACAAUAUUUGGGCCAUAUUUGUUGGGUCCAGCAGGAUCAACUAGCUCUAGUUUGAGCCACAAAAGAAUAAGAUCAGAAAUACCUUGGUCUGAAGAUGAUGCCAUGCCUCCUCUUGUUUAAUUGCUCACACCAGGAUGGAGCAAUUUGUGCUAGGUUCUUCCUAGUGCUUUAGUGCUAGCCUGAUCGGUGGCUUGUUCUUGAGAGAGGGUGUGUAAGAGAGAAGGCAGAG